AUGGCAGUGUCCGGUUUUGAAGGGUUUGAGAAGCGCUUGGAGCUCCAUUUCUUUGGAGACGACCCUAUGUUGGGCCUGGAAAUGGGCAUCGGCAUGGGCCUGGGCCUAAGGCAACUGGACUUCGAUUCUCUACAGCAGGUCCUACAUGCAGUCCAAUGCACCGUCGUCUCCGCCGUCGGAAACCAUUACUUCGACUCCUACGUUUUAUCAGAAUCAAGCCUUUUCGUUUACCCAACCAAGAUCAUCAUCAAGACCUGCGGGACCACUCAGCUGCUGAAAUCCGUCCGACCGAUGAUCCAACACGCCCGUCUCCUCGGCCUUUCUCUCUCCUCCGUCAGGUACACCCGCGGUAACUUCAUCUUCCCCGAGUCACAGCCGUUCCCUCACAACAGCUUCCAAAACGAGGUCGUUUUCCUCGAGGAUUGCCUCCCGACGAAUCUCCGCUUCCGCAAGGCCUCCGUCAUGACUUCCAAGCUCCCCUCCCACUCAUGGCACGUCUUCACCGCCGCCGCCGAACUCGAUCUCUCCGACGAAUCGGUCUUCACCGUCGAAAUCUGCAUGACGGAGCUCGAUGCCGCUUCCGCAGGGAAAUUCUUCCGCCGACCGAACGACGGCAAGUCCGGCGACUCCGCCGGGAAAGAAAUGACCGAAAUCACCGGGAUCGGGAACAUAAACCCCAGGGCUCUGAUCUGCGACUACGCCUUCGAUCCCUGCGGAUACUCCAUGAACGGCCUCGUCGCCGAUCGGUACUCCACGAUCCACGUCACUCCCGAGGACGGCUACAGCUACGCGAGCUUCGAGACCGUCGGCGACAAAAACGACGUCGCUCGCGUGUUGAAGAAGGUCGCGCAGGUUUUCCGGCCGGCGAAGAUGUCGGUCUCCACAACCUCCUGCUCAAGUCCCGAGGUGUGGAAGCGCGUCGCCGCCGCACUCGAGAGCGCCGGCCUCAAAUGCCGGAGUUUCGCGGCCGACGAGUUCCCCGCCGCCGGAGCCGUCGUCUACCAGACCUUCGCUGCUCGUCGGAAUUAAAAACAAAGCCUAAGUCCACGGCGGCGCCGGUGACGGCGGUAGAUAAUCGGAGAAGGAAAAGGGGAAGACAAGGAAAGGAGGGAAAUGAAUUGGUAGUAGGGGAAAGAGAGUAAGUUCAGUUUUUUCAGAAAUUUUUUUUUUUUUGAAAAAUUUUAGGGCGGGUGAUGACGUGGAGAGAUUAUAUUGGUUGAAGAGGUUGACGACGAGUGAGGAGUUUGACCCUGUGGAUAAAAGUGGGGGAUUAUUGGGGAGAUGGUGACGUGGAAGCAUUUACUGGGAUCACCAUGAUAAUGCACCCCACUUAGGCAUGCCACGCCUAGCUAGAAGAGAUUUUUGAGCUUUUGAACUACUUAUAUAGUGA